AUGCUGAGAGCCAAGUCCAUCUUGGGUGACUUCACCCUACAGCUUCUCUUCCUCCUUCUUUUCUUGAUCGGCGUCUCUCCCUAUUGCCAUGUCAGCACAGCUGAUGAAUGUGAUGAGGAAAGGGGCUUUGUGCCUGGCUACAGCUUGGCUGGACAAGGCUUUGACAUCACCACGCUGGAGAAGAAGUCCAAGGUGUUGGAUCUGAGCCAGUGGCAGAAAGCUGAUGGCACUUGCACCCUGUGCCGUAACCCUUUCCUGCAGGACAGCCCUCUUCAGAGGCUUCCCUUGGUGGCCAUUGACUGGACAGCCAAAUCGACUUGUCAGAAGAAAGUUCACACUUCCAUACAAAACUCGGCCAUUGAUAUGCUUCAUGCCGCAGCAUCUGAUGUGCAGAAUGACUGGAAAGUUGGACUCGAUGUGCAGCCGAAACCUGAGGCAAAGGUACAGGUGGAAUUGGCUGGAAGUCACUCCGCGGUGGCGGACUUCACCAUGCAGAAGAAUCACCAAGACAAGUACACUUUUACAACUCAUGAGGUCUCCUGCUCUUAUUACAGCUUCCGUAUCAACCAAUACAUUCCCUCCAGAUAUUUCAAGCGCUACGUUCACAAUCUCCCUGACAAGUACCGUCCCAACUCCGUUCCAGAAUAUCAGCAGUUCAUCAGCAUCUACGGGACCCAUUUCAUCGAUCAUCUGCACUUGGGGGGCCGCUUGAGGGAUGUGACAGCCUUGCGGGUCUGUGAGACAGCUUUGGACGGCGCUUCUGCUGAUGAAGUCAAGGACUGCCUAAGCCUGGAGGCCUCGGCCAACAUCGGAGGUGACCAAGGGAGCCUCAGUGCGGCCUACAAGGCAUGUGAAGAGCUGAAGAAGAAGAAGAGUUUUAAAGGAAGCUUCCACCAGACCUACGAUGAGAGACAUACUGAGGUAGUCGGAGGGGACCAACACACUGACUUGCUCUUUUCAAACGAACAGAACUCUGAAAUGUUUAAGCAGUGGAUGGAAAGCCUCAAAUCUAUGCCUGCGCUUCUCUCUUACUCCCUGAAGCCUAUCCAUAGCUUGCUGCCUAAGGAUCACCCAAAGCGAAACAGUUUGCAGCAGGCGGUGAGCGAGUACAUCAGACAAAGGGCCGUUUGGAGGAACUGCACCCAGCCUUGUCCUCCCGGCUCCCAACGCAGCGUCCGAGAUCCCUGCUCCUGCAUAUGUCCCAGUGACGGCACCACUAACUCCAUGUGCUGCGCCCGGGAGCGAGGCCAGAGCAAGCUAACCGUGACGAUUCGACGUGCCUAUGAUCUCUGGGGAGACUACUUCACAAGCACGGAUGCUUUCGUCAAGGUAUUCUUCAAUGGGGUUGAGAGCCGGACAUCAACUGUGUGGAAUAAUAACAACCCAGUAUGGAUGGCCCAUUUGGAUCUGGGGAAGGUCCAGGGCUUGGGAGAAGCCAGCCGGCUCCGAAUACAAGUCUGGGAUGAAGACAACAAGUACGAUGAUGAUCUGCUGGGGUCCUGUGACCGAACUCCCAUGUCUGGGAAAAGUCGUAUUGAGGUGUGUUACUGUGAUCAUGGACGCCUUGAAUUUCAAUAUCAUGUGGAAUGUGGCCCCUUCUUAGGAGGGCCCUACUGCAUGGAUUAUGUCCCUCAGCAGCCACACAAGGUUGCUUUGUUACAACGUGGAGCAAAGUCAACCCCGUGAUAGAAAGAGGCUGCUCAAGGGGGUAAAAGGCUACAAGUAGUCCUCAACUUAUGACCACAACUGAGCCCAGAAAUUCCCGUUGCUGAGUAGUUAAGUGAGUUUUGCUCCAUAGAUGACCUUUCUUGUUGCAGUUUUUAAGCGAAUCGCUGCAGUUGUUAAGCGAAUCAUGGGGUCAUUAAGCAAAUCUGGCUCCCCCCACCCGCUGGAGUUUGCUUUUCAGAAGCCUGCUGGGAAAAUCACAAAUAUCCCCAGGACACUGCAACGGCCAUAAAAUUAUGCCACUUGUCAGGUAUCAAAAUAUUGGUCAUCUAACUGUGGGGAUGUGGCAAUGGUCAUAAGUCCAUUUUUUCAGUGCCAUUGUAAUUUUGGUCACUAAAUGAAUGGUUUUAA